GAGUAGGGAGUAGUUCAAUUUGAAUCGAAUUCAAUGACAAAACGCCGCCUGCUGAGGACUAAUUAAUUGUGUUAGGUUAUGUGAGUCAAGGUCAAAAUAACAAAUUCGGUAGCGUUGUUUAUUGUGCGGUUUGGUGUAUUAAUUGGUUUCUUUAUCAGACGUACAAAUAUUUUUUUGUGUAUAUAAUAGUACUAACCAUCUUAAUCUUAUGAAGUGAGAGCAAAACUGAUUGGAAGAAUAGUACAAAUAUUACAGAUCAAGUAACUUAUUGAAAUUAUGCUCCCACAAUUUGGUUAAGGGCUAUUUAGUUGACACAAUGGCUAUAAAGCGACCUAGUGGAUUAUCAAAGAGCUAUCAUGACACUUUUAAUAGUGUUAAUGAACGUGUUGUGGAGGACAUAUCAUUAGAGUUUUUUUACAAGCCCCAUACCAUUACACUCCUAGGUGUAUCCAUAGCUGCAGUAGUUUAUUCUUCCUUCAUAAGGGAUGAAAGAGACGUUGAUGCCAACAUAAGAGCUGGAAUAUACUGUGUCUUCUUCUUCUUCAUAAUAGUAUCUGUUUUGGCUUUUCCCAAUGGCCCAUUUACAAGACCCCAUCCGGCGGUCUGGAGGAUAGUGUUUGGCUUUAGCGUUCUAUAUUUGAUGUUAUUAGUAUUCUGCCUCUUCCAGAACUACAAAACUGUCAAACAGAUAAUUUACUGGUUUGACCCUGAAUUGGAACAUUUUCACAUUGAUAUGGAUCGAGAAUAUGGAGUGAAUUGUUCAGUGAUCACGUUCGAGAACCUGUGGAACCACAUGGAUGUGUUUGCUUUAGCUCAUUUUCUGGGCUGGGCCUUCAAAGCUCUCCUGGUCCGUCACCUAGGGAUUCUCUGGGCCGUCAGUGUCAUGUGGGAGUUCACAGAGAUUGCCUUCGCUCAUCUGUUACCCAACUUUGUGGAAUGCUGGUGGGAUGCCCUCAUCUUGGACGUGUUACUGUGUAACGGCCUUGGUAUCUGGGUGGGACUACGCAUCUGCAAGAUGCUGGAGAUGCGAGAGUAUAAGUGGGUCAGCAUAAGGGAUAUUCACUCAACGACGGGGAAGCUGAAGCGGGCUGUCCUUCAGUUCACACCCAGCGACUGGAUGCAGGUACGGUGGCUUGACCCUUCCACCACCUACAUGAGGUUCUUUGCCAUUUGUCAACUGGUGAUCUUCUGGCAAGUGUGUGAACUUAACACUUUCUUUCUCAAGCACAUCUUCGAGAUGCCACCCUCCCACCCAUUGGUCUACCUACGGCUGUUAUUGGUCGGCAUAGUCAGGAAGGAUAUUGAACCUGAAGCCGCACUUCUAACCUCAACCACAGAGGCGACCCCCAGUGAGCAGUAUCCACCAGAUUCUUCAAACCCCAACAUCCAUCAUCAAGUGAUUGGCAACUUACUGGAAGAGAUUGGAGCUGGUUCGGGACUUUCUUCUGGAACUGCUCUCCCAGCUGGAAGGGAACUAUCGCCCUCAACCCUGAUCCCACUUGCAAGAGGGUGGGUACCCCAGUGUUGGGUGUACGGAGCUAUCAUGGCCACAGAAGCCACUUCUCUGCAUCAAGGAAUGGCAAAGAGUUGUUUUGGCCAGACGCAAGCCACCAACAUCUGUAUCUGGCUACUGCUCAUCUUCCUGCUCUCCUGCCUCUGUGUCUACGGCUGUGUUGUGUGGCACAGAUACUUCCAG